AUGGCCACCGCGCCCUCGCAGAACUACGACUACCUGCGCCGCAAGCAGAGCACAAAAGCCCCUGCUGCGUCUGCCACACCGGUCCGCAAGCCCGCCCGCACACCCAGCGAACGCAACAGCAAUGGCACAGUCAGCUCAUACGGAACCACGCAGACAAAUCACACCAGCGUCACCGAGCCGCCGGCCUUUUCGAAAAAGCUGGUCGUCGUGGGCGAUGGCGGCUGCGGAAAGACAUGUCUGUUGAUCAGCUACAGCUCCGGCAACUUCCCAGAGAAAUACGUGCCGACCGUCUUCGAGAACUACAUCACCCAGACGCCGCAUCUGCCCACUGGCAAGAUGGUCGAGCUGGCCCUGUGGGACACGGCCGGCCAGGAGGAAUACGACCGCCUGCGCCCGCUGUCCUACCCGGAGACCGACAUCAUCUUUGUGUGCUUCGCCAUUGACUGCCCCAAUUCGCUCGAAAACGUCAUGGACAAGCCCGCACUAACCCGCCCAAGUGGUACCCCCGAAGUCCUCCACUUCUGCCCCACAACGCCGCUGAUGCUGCUCGGCCUCAAGUCAGAUCUUCGCAACAAGAAGAACUGCAUCGAGCUGCUCAAGACACAAGGCCUGACCCCCGUGACCCCUGACCAGGGCCGUGUCGUCGCGAAGAAGAUGGGCGCCAUGUACAUGGAGUGCAGUAGUAAAGAGCAGGACGGCGUCGAGGACAUCUUCGACACCGCCGUGACCAUCGCCGUCGGCGACGAGUGGAAGACACCGGCAGACACGCGCAGAGAAACCCCCUCGUCGUCCGCCCCGGGGCAUCACCGGACCAUCUCGACAAUGACCGACCUGCCCAAGAAGAAGAAGAAGAGCAAGGGCUGCACCAUCCUCUGA